UCGGCGUGACGCAAGUCACAGUUGGCUAUAAAUUCAGUGACCCGCGAUUCUUUAUCAAUAAAAUAGUAAAAGAUAGCAAGCUGUGCUCUGUCAGAACACCAGAGAAAGGAGAAAAGACCAACACUUGAACUACUCUCUACAGAGUAUUAUUUUUAUUAUUGUUAUUCACUGUGUUUUGCUGUGAGUGUCACUUCAACUGGGACUUGGAGCAGAAGUCUCAAGAACACGACUCAAAAUGAAAUAUGUUAUAGGAAUUGGCGGUGUGACCAAUGGUGGGAAAACCACUUUGACAAAUAGGCUGAUGAAGUCAUUGCCUAACUGUUGUGUGGUGCAUCAAGAUGACUUUUUCAAGAAACCUGAUCAUAUAGAAGUCGGGGAGGACGGCUUUAGACAGUGGGAUGUGAUCACAGCAUUGGACAUGGAUGCCAUGGUGAAUACAAUACGAGGAUGGGCUGAGAACCCAGUGAAGUUUGCCCGCUCCCACGGUGUCAACGUGUCCCCUGCCACGGAGGUGGCUGACCCAGAGCAACCGAUCCACAUUCUGAUCGUGGAGGGCUUCCUUCUGUACAACUACAAGUCCCUGAUGGAUGUGUACAACAAGUGCUACUACAUCUCCAUUCCAUACGAAGAGUGCAAAAGGAGGAGAAGUACAAGACAAUACACUGUCCCCGACCCUCCUGGGCUGUUUGAUGGCCAUGUGUGGCCCAUGUACUUGAAGCACAGGAAAGAGAUGGUGGAAAGCUGUUUGGACAUCGCGUAUUUGGAUGGGUUGAAAUCUAAAGAAGAGAUCUACAGCCAGGUCUAUGAGGACAUCCAGAAUACACUGUUGAAUCGUUUAUAGCAGGAACUGAAUCUCCAAACCUGUAUAGACCUGUAAAUAGCACCAAGACUGAAGACUCGUCUUUUUCAUUUUGUAUUUAAGUUUUUUUCUCAUUCUAUUCCUUGUUGUAAAUAGUAUUUGGAAAAUGUACUUGCCAAACUCUUUAAUCUCCAAUUAAAUUGGGUUGUCACUA